AUGGUUGUUACGGCCUUGUGGAUGCCAGAUUGCCAGCAAGGGUCCAGUCAAGGUGCCUUUUCUUUCAGGGCGGCCAUAACGACAAGAGGGAGCACACACGAGUGGACCACAGCUGUAAGAGCAUGUGGGAAACACACUCAGUGGCAACAAGCUCUGUCGCUCCUCCGCAACAUGGUUGAAACGAAGCUAGAACCCAGCGUCAUCAGCUACAGUACUGGAAUCAGCGUUUGCCGAAAGGGAGGGCAGUGGAAACAGGCGCUGUUGCUGUUCAGCGAGAUGCUGGCCGCAACGCUCGAAUUGGACGUGAUCAGCUACAGCGCAGGGAUCAGCGCGUGCGAAAAAGGUGGGCAGUGGAGACAGGCGAUAUGA